GAGGACGCCAUACAGGAGGACCAUAACAGAAAGGGCUGCCAGAUAGCGAGCCGGGGGCACAAGGGGGGCUACCAACCGGGACCCCCCCCAUCUCCCCUGACCUCCACCAUCGGCCCAGGGAAGGAUUACGAGAACGCAGUGAAGUUCUACAGCAGAGCCAUCGAGCUGAACCCCAGCAACGCCAUCUAUUAUGGCAACCGCAGCCUGGCCUACCUGCGCACCGAGUGCUACGGCUACGCCUUGGCCGACGCCACCAGGGCCAUCGAGCUGGACAAGAAAUACGUCAAGGGUUACUACAGGAGGGCUGCCAGCAACAUGGCCCUGGGCAAGUUCAAGGCCGCCCUCCGAGACUACGAGACGGUGAGGAGGGGGGGGGGAAACGUGGCCCUAAAUGGGGCUGGGGGCAUCGCUGUUGUCUGUCGGGGUUGGGAUGUCAUGGAGAGGAGGUGGUGGUGGUGGUGUGUUGUGGCAAAGGUUGGGUUUGGGGGCAGAUCUGUGGGGCUGAAGUGGCCCACAGAUGUGUGGGGUGGGGUCUGGGGGUCUUUGUGGGGAGAAAUGUGGCCCUAAUUGGGGCUGGGGGC